AUGACGAAGCGCACCAAGAAGGUCGGUAUCACGGGUAAAUAUGGUACCAGAUACGGUGCCUCCCUGCGUAAGCAGGUGAAGAAGAUGGAAGUGUCCCAGCACGCCCGUUACAUCUGCACCUUCUGCGGAAAGAACACCGUCAAGCGCAAGGCUGUUGGUAUCUGGGAGUGCAAGGGCUGCAACAAGGUCGUUGCCGGUGGUGCCUACACCGUCUCUACCCCCGCCGCCGCUGCCACCCGCUCCACCAUCCGCCGUCUCAGAGAAAUUGCGGAGGUUUAA